GUUUCAUCAUGCCAUUCACUGCAUCAGACAUCUGCAAGAUCCUAGUCGCCAUUAUAUUACCACCCUUGGGUGUGUUUUUCGAGAGAGGCUGUGGAGUCGACUUGCUCAUCAACAUUUGUCUGACAAUUCUGGGAUGGAUCCCUGGUAUUAUACACGCUCUGUACAUCAUUCUCAAGUACUAGCCCAUACCAUCCCCCCCUCGACUCUCGUGAUGAUUACAUACCACCAUUUUAUACUAUUCAGUGUGCCAGUAAUUUUUCGAACAGGAACUUGUUAGUUCUCCCCAUCUUCAUCUUCGUCUACUUCUUCACUAUCUUCUCCACUAUCUUGUUGCCCUAUUUGUUGAAUUAGAAGGGCCCCAAUAUUCCAACAUUUUCGGAUAUUGUCCGUUUGCGUUCCAGGUGGCAGACCCACGCCUCCGGCGGAUGGUGAAGAGUGCCACUUCCCUAGAUCUUCCUCUUCCACUAUAUCCGCCUGAUACAAGGCUGCAAGUAUCUGACCGAACAGAGGCAUCCGUUCGGAUGUCGAACAAUGAGUCU